CGCGCCUCAGCCCGCUAGGGGGCGCUCGGUCGGGCGCCGACUCCGAGAGAGACGCAGCAGGAGGAAGGCGGAGCACGGCCCGGCAAGAUGGCGGCGUCCGCGUUGUUACGCCCUUUCUCCAGGCUGUUGGUCCCGGCCAGGUUCCCGAACGACUCUUCCGUGCGGUUAAAGUUCUACGUUCGGGAGCCGCGACAUGACAAACCUGACUGGCUCAAAGUUGGACUGGCCUUGGGCACCUCCGCCUUCCUGUGGAUCUAUCUCAUCAAACAACACAAUGAAGAUGUGUUAGAGUAUAAAAGAAGAAAUGGAUUGGAAUAAACUUUUCAAACUAAUAGAGCAUGCUCCAUAUAGUGAUUGUAGCAAUUCCUUUGGAUUCACCAAUCUGUUGAGUUGUGAAUGUGAGAGAAAAAGUUAUACGUGAAUAUAUGUCAAGUCAGCGUUUGUGUUUUGCAUCAUUAAAUAAAAAAAAUACCUCUGUAUUGUUCAGA